GUUGCCGCCAGUCACCGACGGGAUGGGGGAGUGGCCUCUCCGGAUGAGGAGGCCACUGCCGCCGCCGCUGCCCAGGAUCCGUUGCUCCCGGCGGAUCAGCAGCUGGCGGAUGCGGUGGUGCGCGGAAUGGGAUUGGGAUUGACUACGACGCGAUCUGAUUUAUCCGCAACUGAGCACCCAACUGCACAUGGCACUGGCGCCAUCCGUCGCACACCCUCCACCUCCAGCGAGGAGGAGGAGGAGGAGGACCUCGAGGACCAUGAGCUGGUGCCUUCGCCCGAUCUGACAUCGGUGGAUAGAUCGGAGCGCUACUCCGACAUCAGGCAGCUGCUGGCCAGACAGCAGCCCGUCGCAGCUGCGCUGGAGUGCCUCUCCGGCGCCCAAUUGAUAGUGGAGGACGGCUACGACCUGGAGGCCUUCAACCAGGUCAACGGAGUGUGGCCCCUGGGUCAUCCGCUGCCGCUGCCCGACUGGUCGACUGGCUCGGAGUCCGCUGGCAAGGGCACCCUGGUCUUCGACAACGUCUGGCAGUAUGAGGAGCUGAACGGAAUAGUGGAGACCACGCUGCAGCGAAUGCUGGAGGAGACGCACUACAACACGGUCAACCUGUUCGUCGAUUUCUAUCGCAGCUUCAAGCGCACCCGUCGCUCCGAUCUGCGCAGCUUCUUCCAGUUCUACGAUGUGCCCAUCAACAGGCGCCAUCACAUGUGCGUCUCCCUGGCCUUUGAGAUCAUGGCCAGGAUGGUGGAGAUGUUCCCGGUGCUGGCCAACUACCUGUACGUGGUGUCCUGCGAGGAGCAGGUGAUGGACUGCAACGACUACGUGCAGCUGGACGAGGAGUGCGGCCUGAAUUCGGUGGACGCGGGUGUGGAGAAGGAGCACGUCAUGGUGGCCAUGCGCAUUGCCAUCGGCGAGCGACGUGGUGUGAUGAUCCUGGACCCGGGCUACCAUGUCAGCAGGGCGGUGACUGUUAUGCAGGAUCAAAGCUAUCCGCAUACUGGCUGGUUCACCCAAUCCAAGGAGCCGCAUCUGCAGCGUGAUUAUUGCUAUGCUUACAGUCAGCAGAAUGGCAAGUUCGUGGAGUGGAAGGAGCGCGAGAUCCGCGGCGAGGAUACCAGCUACAAGACAUCGCUGAUCUACGUGGCCCAGGAGUACAUCACGGCCAUCGAUGUGACCGUGCGCCGCAAUCUGGUGUACAACUUCCGGUCGCUGCUCUCCCGAGACGCCAAGGGCCAGGUCUAUGCGGGCAUCUACUUCCCCUUGGUGGCCAAUGGCCAGGAGGCCUACCUCACCAUCUUCUACGACGGACCCAAUGAGCAGCGAGUGCGCACCAAGCUGAUGUUCAGCGCGUUCAAAGUGGGCAAGGGAAAGCUGCCGGACUAUGUGGGUCAACAUCUCAGCAGGCUGGCGCCGCAGUUGAAGAUGCCGCUGCCGGAAUUGACCGAACUGUGCAAAUCCCUGGCCGAGGUGGUCACCGACCAGAGCUUCAUUAGCCAGGUGCUGGCCAUAAACGAUGACAUCGGCAACAUGUCCGUGGAGAAUUGACAGUUAAAGGAGCCUAAGGAUGUCGCUGCUACGGAAACGGAAACGAAGAUGGAGAAACAGACGAUAAAAGACACUGACAACGCAGCUGCAACUUAGAGUUCCGAACCGUUGACCCUUUUGAAUACUUUGUCCUUUCCACAGUAAUAUUCUUUUUAGUAGCUAAUAGGCACCUCUUACACCAGCACACACGAUUCAAGUAUAUAUUCAAUUUAGUCUAGUAUAUAUUUCAAAAUAUGUAUUCACCUAUACACACGACAACACGCUCUAUAUGGUAAUCCCAACUGAAUGAUUUAAUCGAAAGCGAAACGAAAUUUUAUUACAUAUAUUUAAAGGAAAAGCGCAAAGCCUAGACUUCAAAGUUUCGCUUAGGUUCUCUUAAUUUCAAACUAAGUAUAUACUUAUGCGCAACUAUAUAAAGGCAAAAUUAGUUAUAACUGGUAUCAAGGCAAAACAUAAAUUGUAAUUGUUGUACGAACAUAUUUCCGUUUAAACACUUAAAUGCACUGUACUAUUUCGGUUCAAUAAAUAAAUCAGCUAGCAAAAAAA